UUCGGUUAAAAAUCUAUUUAAAUGUCGAGAGCAGCCUUUUUUACGUUAGUCUUGUCGCAUACAAGCAUCAUCAACAACCUUAAAAACACAAUCCGAAGCAAGAUAUUCAAAAAGCAGUAUGUUUCUCGUCAACCUCGUACCCCUGCUUCUGCUAGUCGGUGUGUUGACUCAAUCAGGAGUAGAUGCAGAUGAACAACUGGGGGAACAAGCGAAUAAUCUUCGAGAUACGGUGAAAUCCUUCUACGACAAGUUUAUCGAGUACAGCAUCAAUGAUGAUACGGAUGCCCUGAUAGGUUUACAUGACGAAAAAUGCAGUAUACUGAUUGACGGUUUGCCACCCACUACUGGAGUUGACGAAAUACGAUCUUUGUUGAAGCUGAUACCCGAGAGAGCCGUUCACAUUGAGCCCACCUAUUGGGAUGUAAAGGCGAUGGAUAGCAAUGCAGAGUAUGUGUACGUCACGGUGCAUCUCGAUUAUUUCAAUGAAGCGGGUGAAAUAAUCAUAGCUACAAAUGGAAUAAAUAUCCUAAGGAAGAAUCCAGAUGGAUACAAGUUUUACAUCGUGAUAAUCAACAGACAUAAUCAACAAUUAGCUUAGUGUAGCGACGUAUACACUUUAAACUCAUACCGUAAAGGUACAGGCCUACCUCAGCUGAGGUCU